AUGCGUCAUUUAUUUUCAAAAUUUCAUUUUGUAUUUAAUUUUUCUAAACUUUCAAUUUCUACAACUAGAAAUUCUGGAUCAGUUGAGUCGUCUUUACAAAAAUUAGAACAAUUAUCUUUGGCUAAAUUAGCAAAUAAUCCAUACAUUGUUACACCUGAAGCAUGGGUAACUACUCUUUCAAAAGUUGAACAUGAUAAUGUUGAUAUUAUAAGAUUAAAUCCUGACAUUUUUCGUCAUGCACCACGUUUAGAUUUACUUCAUAGAAAUGUUACAUGGCAAUUAAAUUAUAGGAAUCUUCAAUUGACAAAACAACUAACAAGAGCUGAAAUGCCAGGUGGUGGAAAAAAACCUUGGCCUCAAAAGAAAACUGGUAGAGCUCAUGUUGGGUCAAUUAGAUCACCACAAUUUAUCAGAGGAGGAUUUGCUCAUGGUGUUCGUGGACCAAAAACAUGGUUUUAUAUGCUUCCAGAUGCCAUUAGAUUAAAAGGAUUGUGUGUUGCUUUAACAAUUAAACAUAUACAAAAUGAUUUGGUGAUCGUUGAUGAUUUUUCAACUUUAGAAAGUGACUCAAAAGAUUUUUUGAAUGAUAUUGCUGAAUCACGUAAUUGGGGAUAUUCUGUCUUGUUUGUUGAGGAGAAUGCUGAAGUUGCAGCAAAUUUAGUUAAAGCUACAGAAGAUUUGCCUUCAUUUAAUAUCAUGCCUCUCUAUGGAUUGAAUUGUUUCAGCAUAAUGAAGUAUGAUACACUUGUUUUAAGUAAAAAAGCUUUACUGAAACUUGAAGAACGGAUUUUGUUUCAUUUUAAUAGAAGUGAGACACUACUUAAAAAGUAUAAGUAUAAAGAUAUUAAAGAAAAGAUACUUAAUGAAGGAUCAGAUGAGAAUAAUGAAAAAUAUGCUCCAUUUAUUUAG